AUGGGCCAUAAAAUCAACUCUCUAGAGUGUGUUGACAUUGGUGUUCUAAGACAAGGUUCUCAACUCAAUAGAGAUCAGAAAAUUUUUCUGGAAAGAGGCAUUACUGAAGAUGAGAUUUUAGUUGCCCUCAAGGGGAUUGAUGAUAGUUCAGCUCCAGGACUUGAUGGUUAUAGUGCCAAAUUUUUCAAAACUAGUUGGAAUACAAUCAAAAUUGAAGUGAUUGCUGCCAUACAUGAGUAUUUUGACAAAGGUAAAAUGUACAAGGCUUUCAAUUGUUCUUUAGUCUCUCUUGUUCCUAAAAGUGCCUCUGCUAAGUCUAUUAGAGAAUUUAGACCUAUAUCUGUUGACCUACAAAAAGCCUAUGACAUGAUUGAUUGGCAGGCUUUGGAAUGCAUCAUGGAUGAACUGGGUAUACCUCAUAAAUUCCUCAAGUGGAUAAUGCAAAGUUUGACUAGUGUGUCUUAUAGAUUUAACAUUAAUGGAAGCCACUCUAAGAUGCUUAUUGCUAGAAGAGGUAUAAGGUUAGGGGAUCCCAUCUCCCCUUACCUUUUUGCUAUGCUUAUGGAAUAUUUGCAAAGAAGCCUUCAUCAGAUGCAAUUAAGUCCCAGAUUUAAACAUCAUGCAAAGUGUAAGAAGUUGCAGCUCACCAACCUGAUGUUUGCAGAUGAUGUGCUACUCUUGGCUAAAGGGGAUGUCACCUCAGUUGAUCUCUUAUUGUCUACCUUUUACAAAUUCCUUAACUUCACAGGGAUGCAGAUAAAUAAAGGCAAAAGCAAAAUAUUCUUUAGGGCUGUUACACAGAAGAUGAAGAAUAGCCUUCUUACCCUAUCUGGAUUCCAAGAAGGAACUAUGCCAUUCAAGUAUCUAGGUGUACCUAUUACUAGUAAGAAGCUAUCCAUUCAUCAUUAUAUGGGUUUGAUUGAUAAAAUUAUUUGCAGAACUCAUAUAUGGACCUCAAAGCUGUUGACUUAUGCGGGUAGAUUACAACUAAUCAAAAGUAUAUCCUUUGCCAUAGUCAAUUAUUGGAUGCUUUGUUUUCCUCUACCUAAAGCUGUACUUGCCAAGAUUGAUGCUAUUUGUCGAUCCUUUCUUUGGACAUGUAAAGAUCAACUUAGUCGUAAAAGUCUUGUUGCUUGGUCAACAGUUUGUCAGCCUGUGAAUAAAGGAGGCCUUGGGGUGAUCAACAUUAACAUCUGGAACAAAUGUGCUAUGCUGAAGUUAUUGUGGAACAUAUGUAACAAGCCGAAUAACCUAUGGGUUAAGUGGAUCCACGCUUAUUAUCUGAAACAAUAA